AUGGUCGCAAUAGACUAUUCUGUAUACCUGGUGACCGGACGAGAGCUAUUGCCUCCCAACAAAACCUAUCUGGAUACUCUCGAAGAGGCCUUACGCGGUGGUGUGACUCUCGUUCAAGUACGCGAGAAGGACGCCGAGACGCGGGAGUUUCUCCGCAUCGCUGAACAGACUAUUGAACUCUGUAACAAGUACAAUGUCCCAGUUCUCAUCAAUGACCGCAUCGAUAUAGCGCUCGCGUCUGGUGCCGCUGGUGUACACCUCGGUCAAGACGAUAUGCCCAUCGAGACCGCGCGCAAGCUGCUCCCUCCAGGCUCAAUCAUUGGAAUCACUACGACAAAGACAGAACACGUCAAAGCCGCCGUGGCGAGUGGCGCAGACUAUGUCGGCGUGGGUGCUGUCUUCCCGACGGCCACGAAGGAUGUUUCGGAGCCUGGGCGCGUCCGCGGAGUUGAGGGAGUGCGGGAGAUGCUGGAAGAAUUAGAGGGUUCGAACGUUAAAUCUGUGGCGAUAGGUGGCGUCAAGUCGACGAAUCUGACGAGGGUUCUGCAUGGAUGCUCUUCCGCUCGGGGUCUUGGCCUCGACGGCGUCGCGGUUGUCUCCGAGAUAAUGGCGGCUCAGGAUCCCCGUACGGCCGCAGAGCGCCUCGCCAGUAUCUACAGGGCGUGGCACACUGUUCCGCGCAUCCCGACGAGCUUUUCAAAUGCGGAAACGGAACUCACAGCGGCUUCCCUCGUCGAGCGUGCAGGACAGCUUCUCGAAGGCGUACGCGCGGUAAAGCCUCUCGUGCAUCAGAUAACGAAUGGCGUUGUGAAAACUCAAUCGGCUAACGCGACACUUGCACUCGGCGCCUCUCCUAUCAUGGCCGCCUCGGCACAAGAGCAGGUUGAUCUCGCGCGCAUCCCUGGCGGCUUGCUCAUCAACUUCGGGACGAUCGAGGACGUCCAAGGAAUGCUUAUUGCUGGUGCUGAGGCAAACAAGAACCGCAAACCAGUAGUGUUCGAUCCGGUCGGCGUAGGCGCUACGGCGUACAGGCGGGAGACGGCGUCUAAACUCUUGAACGCAUGGCAAGCUACUGCGAUAAAGGGCAACGCGGCUGAAAUUGGUUCCAUCGCGCGUCUGGACGAGGUCAAAGGUCAGGGUGUUGAUAGUCUAGGCGACUUCAAAGACCCGAUCUCUGUCGUGCGACGUUUAGCAUUGCGCGAGCGCUGCGUCGUCGUGCUCAGCGGAGUUACAGACUAUAUCACUGAUGGACAUCGCGUUGUGCAGCUUUCCAACGGUCAUCCACUUCUUGGUCAAAUCACAGGCUCAGGUUGCAUGUUGGGAACAGCUGUCGCUACGUUCUGCGGUACUGCGAGCAUGCUUGCAGAACGCGAGCCAGCCGCAUCAGAUGUGGGCGUGUUGGUGAAGGGCGACAUGCUCGUGGCCGCCGCGGCUGGUGUACUCGCAUUGACCAUCGCUGCUGAGCUGGCCGCCGAACGGCCGGAGGUACGGGGGCCUGGCACAUUCUUGCCAGUCCUCCUUGAUGAGCUAUCGCGAUUGACACCGGAGAUACUAGCUUCGAGGGCCAAGGCCGGCGUCGUUAUAUGA